CGACGCCUGACUCUGUUAGUGUCGACGUCGAAAGUGGUGAACAAGACGACCUGGUGCCGAAGAAGAGGAAGAAGAUCGGGGAUUUCUGGCGUACGACCUUGGAGAAUUACGACUCGAACAGAUGCAUACGCGACGAAUAGUGAUACUGCUGUUAUAUUUGGCUACGAUCCUCUUUAACAGUGUUCUCUUGCAUGCGAAGACUCAAGAUUUACACUCGUUCAAGCAAAUGAUCAGGUACGGACGAGCGGGGAAAUCUGACAACGCCGGUUCCAUAAACGUACGACCACGAGCUGAUGCAUUCUAUUUAGGACCCAGAUACGGCAAACGAUCACAGAUGGUAACAACGCAUAGGGAUGAUUCCAAAGAGGUCCUGUACAUGUGCAACAAUGACAAGAACUUCUCAUGCUCGUAUACGGGUGUCACCAAUUUAUAUAGGUGUAGCAGCUUAAGGGAUUCUCUUCUAAGGGACAACUCGAUAUAAACGAAGACGAAAAGACAAAAAUCACACGCAAUACAAAAAUGCGAUAGAGAAGGAUAGCAAUCAGAUGUCGCCAAGGCUGGAGGCGAGUUCUGAUUGGUUGUAAAUUAUUUCUGUACUGUAAUAUACUUAUAGGCAAUAUUAACUUAAAUUUCCGUUCCAAAAUGUGUAUGUUAAAUAUAUGACAUGUGAAAAUUAA